GCCAUGGCCGCAGUCAGCCGGGCACGGGUCGCCUACUUGCUGAAGCAACUGCAGAGCGCAGCAUGCCAAUGUCCAACUCAUUCUCAUACUUACUCCCAAGCUCCUGGACUUUCAGCUUCUGGGAAAACAACGGAUUAUGCCUUUGAGAUGGCUGUUUCAAAUAUUCGAUAUGGAGCAGGAGUUACAAAGGAAGUGGGCAUGGACCUGCAAAACAUGGGCGCUAAAAAUGUUUGUUUGAUGACAGACAAGAAUCUCUCCCAACUCCCUCCUGCACAAGCUGUUAUGGAUUCCUUAGUUAAGAAUGGGAUCAACUUUAAAGUCUAUGAUAGUGUGAGGGUGGAGCCAACAGAUGCAAGUUUCGUGGAAGCGAUUGAAUUUGCCAAAAAGGGAGCUUUUGAUGCCUUUGUGGCUGUAGGUGGCGGCUCCACCAUAGACACCUGUAAAGCCGCUAAUCUGUAUUCCUCAAGCCCUUACUCUGAGUUUCUGGAUUAUGUGAAUGCCCCCAUUGGGAAGGGAAAGCCUGUGUCCGUGCCUCUGAAACCUCUGAUUGCAGUCCCAACUACUUCAGGAACCGGGAGUGAAACUACAGGGGUGGCCAUUUUUGACUAUGAACACUUGAAAGUAAAAACUGGCAUUGCUUCAAGAGCCAUCAAACCCACACUGGGAUUGAUCGACCCUCUCCAUACCCUGCACAUGCCUCACUGGGUGGUGGCUAACAGUGGCUUCGAUGUGCUUUGCCACGCCCUGGAGUCCUACACUGCUCUCCCCUACCACCUGCGAAGUCCCUGCCCUUCCAGUCCUGUCACCCGACCAGCGUACCAGGGCAGCAACCCAAUCAGCGACAUUUGGGCAGUGCACGCACUGCAGAUCGUUGCUAAGUAUCUGAAAAGGGCUGUCAGAAAUCCUGACGAUCUUGAAGCAAGGUCUAAAAUGCACUUGGCGAGCGCUUUUGCUGGCAUCGGCUUUGGAAAUGCUGGUGUUCAUCUGUGCCAUGGAAUGUCCUAUCCAAUUUCAGGUUUAGUGAAGACAUAUAAGGCAAAGGAUUACAAUGUGGAUCACCCACUCGUGCCCCAUGGUCUGUCUGUGGUGCUAACCUCCCCAGCAGUGUUCACUUUUACGGCAGAGAUGUUUCUGGAGCGGCACCUGGAGGCAGCGGAAAUAUUGGGAGCUGAUAUCCGCACUGCCAGGCUCCAAGAUGCAGGGCUUAUUUUGGCAGACACGCUCCGGAAAUUCUUAUUUGAUCUGAAUGUUGAUGAUGGCCUAGCUGCCCUAGGCUACUCCAAGGCUGAUAUCCCUGCAUUGGUGAGAGGAACUCUACCCCAGGAAAGGGUCACCAAGCUUGCACCACGCCCUCAGUCCGAAGAGGAUCUGCAUGCUCUGUUUGAAGCUUCAAUGAAACUCUAUUAAUUUUCAUUUUUACUGAAAGUGUUACCAUUGGCCACAUUAGUUCUGAAAACAAUUCAUCUAGUUUUGUAUUUUCACCCCUAUGCAUAAUGGGCCUGCAAC